UAAAGGCUUAGAUUAGAGUUGCUCUAUUUUUCCUUAUCUCUAAAGCGUCACACCGCCACAAGCCAUCUCCCCCUCUAACUUUCCAGUAAUUCCCAAAACACCCCCACCUCAACUCGCCACAUUGAGGCGGCCCCACACCCCUAUAAAAUAACUAACUAAGGGCAUUUCAGUCAAAACAUAGCAACUGUCACCUAAGCAUAGAGAAAUGACCUUUAGCAAUGUUCAAGAGACCAAAACACUUGAUCAUCCACACCUCUUAAAGUCCAUUCCCCCCACCCUACAAAAUGGUCUCACCUCCACCACCACCACCAUCACCGCCACCCUCCGCCGCCGCCGCCGCCAUAGUCAAACUGAGCUCCCUUCAGCAUGUCAUCGCUUCAUGUGAAGUUCUUGGCACCAUCGAUACUGCCAAUUAGUAGCAACAAUAGGUUCAAGAAUGUGAGGUCCCACGCCACCCCGCCGCAGACGGCGGCUCCGCCGGUGUCCGGGGCAGCGGAGGUGGACGCCGCGAGGCUGGAGCCGAGGGUUGAGGAGAAAGAUGGGUUCUUCGUGCUCAAGGAGAAGUUCAGGCAAGGGAUAAAUCCUCAGGAGAAGGUGAAGAUCGAGAAGGAGCCGAUGAAACUGUUCAUGGAAAACGGAAUUGAGGAGCUCUCCAAAAUCCCCAUUGAAGAGAUCGACAAAUCGAAGCUCACUAAAGAUGAUGUUGAUGUUAGACUCAAAUGGCUCGGCCUUUUCCACCGGAGAAAACAUCACUAUGGUCGAUUUAUGAUGAGGCUUAAGCUGCCAAAUGGGGUGACAACGAGUGCUCAAACACGGUAUCUGGCGAGUGUGAUUAGGAAAUACGGCAAGGAUGGUUGCGCUGAUGUUACCACAAGGCAGAACUGGCAAAUCCGUGGCGUGGUUCUAGCCGAUGUCCCCGAGAUCUUGAAAGGCCUUGACGAAGUCGGAUUGACAAGCCUGCAGAGUGGGAUGGACAACGUCCGGAACCCCGUUGGGAACCCUCUUGCCGGGAUUGAUCCUCAUGAGAUUGUUGAUACUAGGCCUUACAAUAAUCUCCUCUCUCAAUACAUCACUGCUAAUUCGCGUGGAAAUCCCUCUUUCACCAACUUGCCUAGGAAGUGGAAUGUGUGUGUGAUAGGAUCACACGAUCUGUACGAGCAUCCGCACAUAAACGAUCUUGCAUACAUGCCGGCCACAAAGGAUGGGCGUUUCGGGUUCAAUCUUCUGGUGGGAGGGUUCUUCAGCCCCAAGAGAUGUGCUGAGGCCAUCCCUCUUGAUGCGUGGGUUCCCGGUGAUGACAUCCUCCCCGUCUGCAGGGCGAUCCUCGAGACUUUUAGGGACCUCGGGACCAGAGGCAACAGGCAGAAAACAAGGAUGAUGUGGCUCAUCGAUGAACUCGGCAUAGAGAAGUUCAGGGAGGAAGUAGUGAAGAGGAUGCCGGAGGCGAAGCUGGAGAGAGCGUCGGGCGAGGAUCUGGUGGACAGCCAAUGGGAGAGAAGGGACUAUUUUGGGGUGCAUCCUCAGAAGCAAGAAGGGUACAGCUUCGUGGGCCUCCACAUCCCCGUGGGGCGCGUUCAGGCGGACGACAUGGACGAGCUUGCACGCGUGGCUGACACGUACGGGUCGGGCGAGCUGAGGCUCACGGUGGAGCAGAACAUCAUCAUACCAAACAUCCACAACUCCAAGCUAGAGGCGCUGCUCGGGGAGCCCCUCCUCACGGAGAGGUUCUCCCCCGAGCCGCCCAUCCUCAUGAAGGGCCUCGUGGCCUGCACCGGCAACCAGUUCUGCGGCCAGGCUAUCAUAGAGACCAAGGCGCGGGCCUUGAAGGUCACCGAGGAGGUGGGGAGGCUCGUCUCUGUCACGAGGCCCGUGAGGAUGCACUGGACCGGCUGCCCUAACACGUGCGGCCAGGUGCAGGUGGCCGAUAUCGGGUUCAUGGGGUGCAUGACGAGGGACGCGGACGGAAAGAUCGUCGAGGGGGCCGACGUGUUCCUCGGCGGGAGGAUCGGGAGCGACUCGCAUUUGGGAGAUGUGUACAAGAAGGCUGUGCCUUGUGAUCAGCUGGUGCCAUUGGUUGUGGACUUGUUGGUGCAGAAAUUUGGUGCUGUGCCAAGAGAGAGAGAAGAAACUGAAGAUUGAUCAUUAUCUAUCUCAAAUUGUGCAUCAUUUUACUGAUUAAUACUACUAGGUAACAUCCAUUUCUUCGAAGAGUUGGAUUUUUCUUUGUGAAUUCUAAAAAUUGCAUUAGAUUAAGUUGUUGGGACUGAAUUCUAAUACAGUUAUCUAUCUUGGCUUAUUGUUAUUAUCACAGUUCAAAAAACAGCUUUUGUUCA